AGUUGUUUGAAUUAACAAUUUCGUAAUAUAUAAAUUAAACAAUCAAAAUAAAUCACAAUUGAACUUGGUUGACAUUAUAAAUAGUGAAUACUUUGAUAUAUGUAUUGAAAACUCUCGAAAUUUAAAAUUCUGUAAGCGUGCUUUUUGACAACUUGAAUAUCGUUUGUUUUGUAAAAGUUUAUCACGUGUUCAACUCUAUCACAUUUUGCCUGGUUUUCUGUCCAAUUGCUCCACCAUGUCCGGCUCCGGUGUCAAUCCCUUUGCCAAGUUCCAGAAAUCGUUCUCCCAGGACGGCAGCAUCUACAAGUAUUUUGAUCUACCCUCUAUUGAUGAUAAAUAUGAUUCACUGCCCUUUUCCAUUCGCGUUCUGCUGGAAUCCACGGUGCGUAACUGCGACAAUUUCCAUGUAUUGGAGAAGGACGUGCAGAGCAUUCUGGGAUGGACACCCCUGCUAAAGCAGGAAACCAGCGAUGUGGAGGUUUCCUUCAAGCCAGCACGUGUUAUAUUGCAGGACUUUACUGGUGUUCCCGCUGUCGUGGACUUUGCUGCUAUGCGGGAUGCAGUACGCGAACUGGGCGGCGAUCCCGAGAAAAUUAAUCCCAUCUGCCCCGCAGAUCUGGUUAUCGAUCAUUCCGUUCAGGUUGAUUUUAUUCGCUCCUCGGACGCAUUGACCAAGAACGAAUCCUUGGAGUUCCAGCGCAACAGGGAGCGAUUCACCUUCCUGAAAUGGGGAGCCCGUGCCUUUGACAAUAUGCUGAUUGUGCCACCCGGUUCUGGCAUUGUUCACCAAGUUAAUCUGGAGUACCUAGCCCGAGUGGUCUUUGAGACCGACGAUUCCACGGAUGGUUCGAAGAUCCUGUAUCCUGAUAGCGUCGUAGGUACCGACUCCCACACCACCAUGAUCAAUGGUUUAGGUGUGUUGGGCUGGGGCGUUGGUGGCAUCGAGGCAGAGGCUGUGAUGUUAGGCCAGUCUAUAUCCAUGUUGCUACCCGAGGUGAUUGGCUAUAAGCUGGAGGGAAAACUGGGUCCUCUGGCUACCUCCACUGAUCUCGUACUGACUAUCACCAAGCAUUUACGUCAGCUGGGCGUCGUGGGCAAGUUCGUGGAGUUCUACGGUCCCGGAGUGGCGGAGCUAAGUAUUGCUGAUCGUGCCACUAUCAGUAACAUGUGCCCCGAAUAUGGAGCUACUGUUGGUUACUUUCCAAUUGAUGAGAACACGCUUAGCUACAUGCGGCAGACCAAUCGCUCUGAAAAGAAGAUUGAUAUCAUCCGACAGUAUCUAAAGGCUACUCGACAACUGCGUGACUAUGCCGUUGCGGAUCAGGACCCCCAUUACACAGAGUCUAUCACCCUGGAUUUAUCCACUGUGGUUACCUCGGUUUCGGGCCCCAAGCGUCCGCAUGAUCGCGUGUCGGUUUCCAGCAUGUGCGAGGAUUUCAAGUCGUGCCUUAUCAGUCCCGUGGGAUUCAAGGGAUUCGCCGUACCGCCAAGUGCCUUAUCUGCAAGUGGUGAGUUUCAGUGGGACGAUGGCAAGAGCUACACGAUAGGCCAUGGAUCUGUUGUGAUUGCGGCCAUUACUUCCUGUACAAACACUUCCAAUCCCUCGGUGAUGUUGGGAGCCGGCCUUUUGGCAAAGAAUGCCGUGCAGAAGGGCUUAAGUAUUCCACCUUAUAUCAAGACCUCAUUGUCCCCUGGAUCUGGUGUGGUUACCUACUAUCUCAGAGAGUCUGGAGUGAUUCCCUUUCUGGAACAGCUGGGAUUCAACAUUGUGGGUUAUGGAUGCAUGACCUGCAUAGGCAACUCGGGCCCGCUUGAUGAGAACGUGGUCAACACCAUCGAGAAAAAUGGGCUCGUGUGUUGUGGAGUCCUGUCGGGAAAUCGUAACUUUGAGGGUCGAAUUCAUCCCAAUACUAGAGCCAACUAUUUGGCCAGUCCACUGCUGGUAAUUGCCUACGCUAUUGCCGGGCGCGUGGAUAUAGAUUUCGAAACGGAGCCUUUGGGCGUAGAUGCCAAUGGCAAGAAGGUAUUCCUGCGCGAUAUCUGGCCUACGCGCAGCGAGAUUCAGGAGGUGGAGCACAAACACGUCAUUCCCGCAAUGUUCCAGGAAGUCUACAGCAAAAUUCAGCUGGGAUCCAAAGAAUGGCAGACGUUGGAGGUGUCUGAUGGCAAGUUGUAUCCCUGGAGUGGGGUGUCCACCUAUAUUAAACGACCGCCCUUCUUUGAGGGCAUGACCCGUGAGCUGCCCAAACUAAAAAGCAUCGAGAAGGCUCGCUGUCUCCUGCUGCUUGGAGAUUCAGUGACCACCGAUCACAUCUCGCCAGCCGGUUCUAUUGCCCGGAAGUCUCCUGCGGCGCGUUAUUUGUCGGAACGCGGUCUGACACCUCGGGACUUCAAUUCGUAUGGCUCUAGGCGUGGCAAUGAUGCAGUGAUGGCGCGCGGAACCUUUGCUAACAUCCGCCUGGUCAAUAAACUGGCCUCAAAAACCGGACCCAAUACCGUUCACCUGCCCAGUGGCGAAGAGAUGGAUAUUUUCGAUGCAGCGGAGCGUUAUGCGGAGGAGGGAACGCCCCUUGUUCUGGUGGUGGGCAAGGACUACGGCAGUGGAAGCUCACGCGAUUGGGCCGCCAAGGGUCCAUUCCUGCUGGGAAUUAAGGCGGUGAUCGCGGAGUCGUAUGAGCGCAUUCAUCGUUCUAAUCUUGUAGGCAUGGGCAUCAUUCCGCUACAAUUCCUGCCGGGUCAAAACGCCGAAAUCCUCAACCUAAGUGGCCGGGAGGUCUUUAACAUUGUCCUUCCAGAGGGUGAGCUGAGUCCAGGUCAGAAGAUUCCAGUUGAGGCCAAUGGUAAUGUCUUUGAGACUACUUUGCGCUUCGAUACCGAGGUGGACAUUACGUACUACAAGAACGGUGGCAUUUUAAACUAUAUGAUCCGCAAAAUGCUGGAUUAGUGAUUGCUUUAACUUUUAUAUUCCACGUUCCAUGUGCAUUUCUAACUGACCGUUAUUUGUUAUUAUAUGAUGGUAAAUAAAGCUUGAUGCUUCAUCUAA